CAUUAUUGCCGUUUAGCUUUAUAACCUCUUCAAACAAUAAUUGUUAUUAAGUUUUAUAUAAUUAUUAACUAAAUCUAGUACAAGUAUUAUUAUAAUUAUUUCACAAUGGCUCGAAAUGCAGAAAAGGCUAUGACGACUCUUGCUCGAUGGAGAGCUGCACAAGUUGCUGAACGGGGAAUUGACAAAGAAAGAAGACCGUAUAUAGCAUCAGAAUGCACCAGCUUACCUAUGGCAGAGAAAUGGAGGCUCCAAAUAAUAAGGGAGAUCUCGAAGAAAGUUUCUCAAAUUCAAAAUGCUGGUCUUGGAGAAUUUCGAAUAAGAGACUUGAACGAUGAAAUAAACAAGCUGUUGAGAGAAAAAAGACAUUGGGAGAAUCAGAUACGAGAACUGGGUGGCCCAGAUUAUCCCAGAUAUGGACCACGAUUGCUCGAUAAAGAAGGAAAAGAGGUACCAGGAAAUCGUGGAUAUAAAUAUUUUGGUGCUGCAAAAGAAUUACCAGGUGUCAGAGAAUUAUUCGAAAAGGAACCACCUGUGGUGCCACGAAAGAGUCGAGCAGAGUUGAUGAAGGAUAUCGAUGCUGAUUAUUAUGGAUAUAGGGAUGAUGAUGAUGGCAUAUUGAUGCCCAUAGAAAAAGAAGCGGAAGAGAAAGCAAUCGCUGCCUAUGUCAGUCAGUGGAAAUUAAAUCACGAGUCACAAGAUGGUACUGGAGAACAAACAAAUGACGAAAAUGUAACUGUAAGUAAUUUCAAUUAUUGA